AUGGAUCGGAGGCGCGCGGCGGGAGCGCUGCUCGCGCUGGCCGCCUGCAUCGCGUGCAGCACGGCGGAUCACCCAGAAGAUGAAAUACCACUUUUGGAUGAUAUGACCACAACAGUACGACCUACACCUGGAUUUUUACUUACAACCACAACCCUAACACCAGUAACACAAGUAUCUCAAGAUUGCAUGCACGACGACCAAAUAUUUGCUGAUGGUGCUUUGAUUAAAACUGAAAAGGCUUGCGAGCACUGUUAUUGUAUGAAAGGUGAUAUUGUUUGUGUGGUACAAGAAUGUGGAACUCCAAUGGAAAAUGAAGGUAAAAACUGCAGUUCACUACCUCCGCGUCAGGGACAAUGUUGCCCAGAUACGUAUAUCUGCGAAGGAGAUGAACUCAGCACUGAUCAAUCUCCAGAUGUGGUAACAGAAGCUAUAAUUAUGUCAACAAAUCCUCCGAGGAAAGGUGUUGAAGGUAGUGGGUAUCGAAAUGAGCCCGAUGAACCAUACACUGACAUGCCAAUAUUUGAUACUACAGAAGUGGAAGGCAGUGGUGAAGAUGAAUCUACAUUAGCUAUAGACAAAGUUGAAACUUUAGUUCCAGAAAAACAAACUCCAGACUUGGAAGAUGAAAUGUUCCUAACAACGGCCAAAGUAUCAGAAUAUAAACCAAGCAGUACAGCAGAACCCGGAUUAGAUCAAACUAAAGUUCCAAAACUCGAAUCCAGUGCUGAUCAAUCAUCUUCAAAAUAUGAAUAUGAUAUUACUACGGAAUCAGUUAAACCCGGUUUGAGUGCAGAAGACGAAAGUAAAGUCGAUGCUGUAAAUAAAGAUGUCGAUACAACGCUUGACAUAGGUAACAUUAAAUUGACUCCAGAACUGUCAUUAACCACCAUCAAAAAUUAUGAGUAUGAUAGUCCUUCAACAUCUGAAAGCCUCACAUCCAGAGAAGAUCAAUUAAUUGUGACAACUGAAUCAACGUAUAGAAAAGAAGAUAAUGUUCCAACUUUAACUGAAAUAACCACUAAAUCUUCAGUUAAUAAAGCAACAACUGGAGCUGUAUUUAACGAAGCAACGACUGGAGCUGUAUUUAAUGAAGCAACAAGUGGAGCUGUAUUUAACGAAGCAACGACUAGAGCUGUAUUUAAUGAAGCAACAACUGGAGCAGUAUUUAAUGAAGCAACAACUGGAGCUGUAUUUAACGAAGCAACGACUGGAGCUGUAUUUAAUGAAGCAACAAGUGGAGCUGUAUUUAACGAAGCAACAACUGGAGCUAUAUUUAAUGAAGCAACAACUGGAGCUAUAUUUAAUGAAGCAACAACUGGAGCUAUAUUUAAUGAACCAACAACUGGAGCUAUAUUCAAUGAAGCAACAACUCAAUCUGGUCAAAAAGUAACAGAUAGUGUAAUAUAUGAACACAAAGUUACUGCAGGAGAAUAUAUGGAGUCAACAACAUUACCCCAAGAUGUUAAAAUUACUGGUACACACACUAAUAUUGAUGACAUUAAGACGAUCACAACAGAAUUUUCGCCAGUCAUUGAUAAGAAUACGAGCGAUCAAGAAACUUCGAAUGAAUUAAGUUCUUCCAGUACAUUUAAACCGGACCUGCCAGAAGUAACAACUUUAAAUUCUAUAGAAAACGAAAUAUACGAAGAUUUGUCAUUGCCCGAUUCUUCCAGUAGAAUUCCUGGCGAAGGAGACUGCCUUCUUAAUGGUAUUACCUAUAAAAACUAUUCAACUGUACCUAGCACAAAUAAAUGCCAUACUCAAUGCAAGUGUGUCAGUAGUAUCGUUAAAUGUGAUCCAAUAAUAUGCAGCCCACCACCAGAAUAUGCUAACAUGAAUAAUUGUCAGCCAAUAUACGAUAACUCAGAUUCUUGCUGUCCGACUUAUAUUUGUGAUCAUUCCAAAGAAACGGUCUUACCAGAAUCUCACAGUCAGAUGUCUGGUACAGAAAGCUCUAAGCCCAUUCAUGGUAGUGAUUGCAAUGGUAAUGAGUGUCAAAUAAUUGAAGAAAUUGAAAAUAAACCAGAGCAACCCGACUGUGGAGUAGAUGGCUGUACUGUUGAUACAGGUUCUACUACUGCAUAUACUGAAGACUGUCUAGAUGGUAAAUGUAAAACAUCACCACAAAAAGAGUUGCCAUGUAAUGAGAAAACAGGUUGUCAAGUACCUGCCGUAAAACCUUGUGAAGGAGAAGAUUGCAUUGUCAAACUGGACCUUGACGCUAAAGAGGAAACUAUAAAUUGUGAAAACAAUAAUAAUUGCGGAAAUAUUCAACCUUCUGUAACAGAAAAAGCAUCUUGUAAGGACGGUAUUUGCACAUCAAUUUUACCACCACAAAGUCAAGGGGAUGUUGAAAAAGAUUGUGAUAAUGACUCAUGUAGACGAAAAGAAACUUCGAAAGAUGAAAUUAUUGUUCCAGCAAAAUGUAUCGGACAGCAAUGUGAUAACCCACCAGAAACGGACAAAAUACUUAAUGAAUUGACAACUCAGGCACCUACAUUAUCCGAAGAAACUACCAAAAUAAUUGAAACAGAUAUUUCCACUCCAAUUUCAUCAUUGGAAUAUUUACCUACUAAAACAGAUCAAAAAUUAUCUAGCACGCUGGCGGAAGAAACAACUACAAGUUCUGAUACUUCAAGUAACAAAGUGGACCUUGGAUCAGAGAAAUAUACAACACCGAAUGAAGAAUAUCACCCUGUAGCUGUAACUGUUUCGAGUGACUCCAAAAGUAUAGAACUUACUACUACAAAACAACCUGAGGAUGAAAAGGAAAGCAAUGAAAUUUCCAGCGAACGUGAGCCCUCUAUAGAAAUGAGUACGACCAUACCAGAUACAAACAAAGAAAAAGAAUAUUUCACGACUACUUCUCACAAUCUUCUGACAGAACCUGCGUUAGCUGAAGAAAAUACAGAGCCACAAGAUACAGAAGAAAAGAUUUCAGGUGAAAAAGAGUUCCCUACAGAGUUGCCAAUUCCAAGUACUGAAUCUGAUGCAAUUACAAUUUCAGAAAUACAUAAAAUAACCACACCAUCUUCGGUAGCUCCAAAAACCAGUCCACAUGACCAUACGCUUUCUGAUUUUGAAAAAGAUAUCAACAUGAUAAAGGUCAACAUCGAAAACACAACCCCAGUAAUAGAUGAUGAAAAUCGUUUAAAAGAAACGGAUAUAACAGAAUCUUCUUUAAAUAAAGAUGAAACGAAUAAUGACAAUGAAGAAAAAGAUUUAACAACACUCUCAUUUAUAUCAAAUGAGAACGACCAUACCACGGAGGCUGUAAUAAGCAACACGGAUGAAUUGACUCCUAACAUAUUAGUUGAAUUUACAACAAAGUCACAAGAAUCCCAUGACGUUGAAGAAAAUUUCACAGAUGGUAAAAUAAUUGACAGUAUGUAUACAACACAAAGAAACUUACAAACCACAAAAGAACAUGAAAUUAUUUCAGACAUCUCCACCACAAAAAAAACUAUUGAAGAUUCCAAGAUGCCUUUAAUACCUACGGAACUGACAGAAAGCAUGUCUACCGAAACAAGUGUCGAUGAAGGUAUAAAACAGACGGAAACAUCGCAAAUAAGUAAUGAUAGUAACGCUGAACACAGAGUAACUACUGUUUCUACAGAAAUAAUGCCAGUUGAUAUAGAUCAAUAUAAAACUACAGAUACGUUGGAUGCAUCUCAGAAAGAUUUCUUAGGAACCAAGGAACCGAAAUAUGAAGAAUCAUAUACCAAAAUGCCACUGCUUGAAGAUGAGCAUGUGAAAAAGAUUACUGUAACUACUGAGCAAUAUCAAAUGGAAUCUAUGAAUGGCAGAGGAACCGAAUUACCGAAUUACGCGGGUGUUGAGGAAGAACUACAAACUGAAGUUAAUCAUUCUUAUAAACCAGAUACGUAUACUACAAUAUCAGAAGAUAUUGAAACUGGUUUUGACAAAACUCAAACAGAAUUACCAGUCCCCGUUACCGAAAGUACAUCAGAAAAAACAAAAGAAGAAAACAUUGUUACGAAGUUGCCUACAGAAGAGGAAAAUGAAAUGGUUAAAACAGACACUGAUUCUGCAAUAAUAACUGAACCAUCAAAAACGGAAGAUUUAUCAACAGAAUUAAACCAAGUAAAUAUAGAUACUAAUGACAAUGUUAUUAUUACCGGUACUAUAGAAAAAUUAACUACUAAAUUACCUCCUUCUCCAGACCACUUCACUAAAGAUACUUUCGAUGAAAAAGUUAUAGAACCACAAGAAAUUACACAAAAAACAGAACAAUCUGUGCAGACGGAAUCAGCAGGUUCAUUGACUAUUACUGAUGAACAAACUGAGGCCGCAAUCGACCAUCAUAAGCUUUCCACAGCAGAUCUUCAUAUUUUAGAACCUCAUGAGUCAUUGGUUACGACCCCCAAACCAGCUGAUAAAGUUCCAGAAGAUUAUGAAGUUGAGAUUUCAACUUCAAAGAUAUCUUCUAAAUUCGAAGAUGUUGCAGAAACAUUUACUGAAAGUUUGGUUGAUAUUACUCAGCAAACUGAUGGAUUGAAAGUGAGUGAAGAAGGCAAGCCAAUAACAUCGACAGAACCAUAUAUCGACGCAUUUACUACUCAUAGAGAUGCCUUACCUAUUGUUGGGUCUACAACAUUACCAGAAACUUCUGAAAAUAUCAUUCAAACGUUUACUACAAUAGAAGAUAAAGAUAUAACACCAACUGUAUCAUCAGUUAAAGAUGAUGUAUCUGUUGAAAUUUUACCAUCUGAAGGUUCAAUAAUUGGUUCUAACGAAAUUGGGAUAGCGACUGAACUCGAUAAUUCUGAAGAAACUAAUACAUUCAAGCCUGAACUUACAACAAAUAUUUACGAAAAAUCACCAACAGAAGAUAAAAAGGAGACAACUAUAUCAACUCAUAUAACGGAUGAAUCAUAUCCACAUGAUCAAAUUAGUGAAACUAAUCUAGUGACAGAAGAAGAGAUUAUGGAAAAAGCAACAACCUUAUCUCCAGAAGAAGAAUCUCAUAAAGGCUAUUUAGAUCAAAAACCUAAUUUAGUGUCUCAAGAACCAGAUAUAGAAGAUACAAGGGCAACUACAUCACGUUCUAUUGCUACCGAUAUACAAGGAGAAGAAAAGUAUACAGAAAAACCGGUUAUAGUUUCCACGGAAACACAAGAUAGUAUUUCUGAGCAAGAUAAUUGGAGUACGGAGUUCAAAGAUAAAUCCACAGAAAUUCCUGAUUUAACAAUUCCUACUAGUCAAACGGAAGUUUCAGAAGUUAUAUCAGAUAUAUCCGAAACUUUGAAGACAACACAUGCGCCACAUUCAGAUUUGACAGAAAACUUAUACCCUAAAAAGGAGGAGCACACUACCUCUAAAACUCCAGAAGAAAAAAUUUAUCUUGAGGACAGUACAAUUAAGAUUGAAGAAAUGGCUCCUACUGAAGAAUACUUAACGGCCUCUACAGAAUCCCCUGAAAGAGUUACAAAGAUUGAAGAUAGUCAAGAAAAGACAACUCAACAGAUACUUACGAGUGAAAAAAUUACAGAAGGCCUAGAACAAACAUAUAAUACAGAAAUUAAAACGGAAUCACCAGCGGUUACCGUCAAAGUAACCUCUGAUGGUAUAACUAAUAACUUAGAUACUUUAUCCGUUGAAAUUAUUAAUGAGACCACGACACCAGAAGUACCCACAGAAUCAGAAAAAAUUUCAACCAAACCAUCUUAUAAUGACAAUGAAUUAAAAAUCACUAAACCGUCGGAGCAUAAUGUUGAAGGAGAGGUGACAUUAGAAGAUAAGGAAAUCUUUACUGAAAUACCAAUGCAUGUAGUAACAGACAUGCCAAUAACAUGGUCAUUAGAAACUGGUACAGUUAAGCUACCAGAAUCCCUCGUUGUUGAUGAUAACGAAAAAACUACGAUAGCUCAGCAGGCAGUAUCAGAAGAUUUAUUGACAGCCUCACCUGAAGUAGUAACGGAAAAGAUGCAAGAAAACGUAAAUAAUGAUGAUGAAACUCAAAAAACAUUAGAUAUACCUAAAGUAACGGAUGCACCUUACUCUAAAUUUACAGACAACGUUGAAGAAGUAUUAAAAUUAGAUGAAAAAGAAAAGUUGGAUAAAACUAGUGCGAAUCCUAUUGUAGAUAGUACUACAGAAGAAAAAGAUCAUAAUGAAGAAACUAAUGUAGCUUCAGAAAUGUUCGUUCCUGUUGAAACAACAUCGCAAUUACCAGAAAAUGGAUCAGUUAAUAAGGAGGCUAUAACAAUAACAUAUGAAACAGAAACUGAAGAUUUCUCAGACUUGCCAGAAAUUUCUUCAGACAAACCUUUAGAAACGGUCGACAAAAGCCAAAUUACUGAACACAACGAAAUUUCUUCCACAUUAGCAUCAAUUGAAGUUUUAUCAGAAGACCAUCUUUCAAAACCAACACCGUCUUCAAUGACAGUUAGUACAAAUAAGACGUCCGAAACGUCAGAAAGCUUAGACAGUGAUAAAACUAUAUCUGAAGUUCCCGUCUUAUCUUUAACACAACCAAGCGAAAGUGACUUACUUAAAGAUUUUUCUCCAAAACCUGAACAAGAAGGAACCACGCAAACAAACUUACUUUCUACUAUUGACGCAAACACUAAAACAGAAAUGACAUCAGAAGAAGGACUUUCUGAAUCUAAUACAGUACCUAUGGAUGAAGAUAAAAUAACAAGUUCAGACUUAGGCCAACAAUAUACGCAAGGUCCCGAGGAGAUAUUUACGGAUCUACAAAAAACUACCUCAGAAUCAUCAGAGCCUAUAACUGAAAACGAAAUAUUUAAAACUGAGACAUCUGUACCAGCAAUACAGAAAACUGAUGAAGAAAAGUUAUCCACAACAAGUUUAGAUGUAGACCAGCAAUUUACGCAACGUCCGGAUGAGGCAUUAACGGAUCAACAAAAAUCUACUUCAGAAUCAUCUGAGCCUCCAACUGAAAACGAAAUAUUUAAAACUGAGAUAUAUGUACCAACAACACAGAAAACUGUUGAAGAAAAGCUAACCACAACAUUCCUAGAAAGUUUUACAACUCUAAAAUCUGAUGCAGAAUCUCCAAUCCCAGUAUCUUUGGAUACAGAAAUAUAUCCUUCUGUAACAGACAAGGUCCAAGUGAGUGAUGAUCAAAUUAUUGAAACAAAAGUACCAGAAUUAGACAAAUAUACAACCGAAAUUCCUACUCUUAUUACUCAUGAAACACAUAAAGAAACAACGGAAAAAGAAAUAAUACCAUCAGAACCACCGGUCACAACAAAGGAACAUAUCGAGGUAACUCAAAAAUUAUACGAAGAAACAACAAGUCAACCAAAACAAUCUGAUUAUGUUACUACUGAGCAAGAAGAAUUGUCGACGAAACUUGAAGAACCGGUCGAUAUCACCCUAGAACCAAACUUAGUACAAACUAAGCCUGAAGAUGAAACAUCCAAAUUACCCCAAUAUACAAUACCAACAUCUAAGCCAACAGAUGAAUAUUUAGAAUCAACUCCAUAUUUCAUCGAAUUAGAAGAGCACACUCAUAAGAGUAUUGAAAGAGUUACUCCAGAAGAAGGAAUUUCAACGGUAAAACUGGAAGCCCAACAUCCUGAAAAAGAAGAAUAUGACGUUACCACUGAGAAACUAAUUAUUGAUGAACAAGAAAUCCAUACUGAAGAUGAGCCUAAGGAAACCGAAGUGAUAACAGAACGAGAGAAAGACAUUGGGACAACUCUAUUAACCCAUUAUGAUUUAGAUACUUUACAUACUACUGAUUUACCACUUGAAAAAUCUACAGAUCAACCAACAACACCUCAUGUGUUAUACACGGAAAGUCAAAGUGAAGUUUCUAAACAUUCAUCGACAUCAUAUGAUAAGGAGAUAUCAACAUCUAUCCCUGUAGACACCACAGUAACCUAUGAAAAGCAAGAAACACCCAAGCCCGAGGUUCAGGCUACCUCUGGAGCAGACACGGAAAAGGAAAGUGCCAUAGUUACUGAGAAACCACUGGAAUCCAUAUCACACGUACAUGAAACUACAGCACCAGAGGAUGAAUUUAUUCCAGCAAUAACAAAGGGCACAUCAACAAAGCUUGCUGAAGAUAUAACGACCCUUCCACCUAUUCAAUUUGACAAGUUUACUAGUGCACCAGAAAAGCCCAUUGGGUCUUCUCCUUCAACAUCUCCAGAAAUGCAAAAACCUGGUUUUAAUGAAGUACUACCAACUGAUGAUCUACAUUCGACAGAUGACGAUAGCCAUUUCCCACCAACUGGAUCUAGUGGAUACGGCCAAGAACCCGAUUAUGCAGAAGAAGAUCAAGCAUUUGGCCCUGGAACCUGCAGAUACGGAGGCAAAGUCUAUGUUUCUGCCCAACAAAUUCCUAGGGAUGAUCCCUGUGACUUCUGUUUCUGUUUCAGAAGUGACAUUAUAUGUCUACAGCAAAGCUGCCCUCCUCCGAUUCAUGGAUGCCACGAGGAACCGAUACAAGGAUUUUGUUGUCCCCGUUAUGAAUGUCCAGUUUCAAUGGCAACUACGCUUAAUAUUACCACGACAACGACAACAACAACAACAACAUUGCCACCGCACUUUUUGCCACACGCUUAUAAGGGAGCAGCACAAAGAAGAGGAUGUCAAAUAAAAGGACACACAUAUAAAGUUGGAGAAGUAGUACGUGCAUCCUCAGGACCAUGUUUACAUUGCACGUUG